AUGUACUCUGACUACAGCUAUAAGAAUGACAGCGAAUUCGACAAUAUUGCUCAGAAUUAUUACCGACAGCAGUUGUCUGCUUAUCUGGGGCGUAAGAAUGCACAGGCUGCCGCAGAACAGUUGGACGCAGAAGAUACAAGAAUACGCAGAGUAAAUUUCUCGACGGAAUCUCCAAUAGUCCAUAUCUACGAGCAGGAUACUGGGUAUUACGAUCUAACUGGACACACUCCUCUAAUCGAAUCAACCAAACUGGUCCAGAUUUCCAAAGACGACUCAUCCGAGGACUCGUUAUUUAAGUGUCUCAAAGAAAGAAUGCCAUUGGCCCAAGCCGAGCGUAUUAUGUCAGCAAGAAAUAACUGGCUAAACCGAUACAAUGAGCAGCAAGUCGUCACAGAAUCGACAUCUUUAGACGAUCAUCUCCCAGUCAUAUUGAUCCCUACCGGAAAGCUGCCCAUAAAAGAGAGAACAAAAGGCGGACGGAAGAAGCAGCUUGAAAAGGGACUGAAGAAGGAGUUCAAGAGAAAAGUAAAGCUAGAGCUGAUAAAAGAGCUAGAAAAAGAGUGCAAUAAGGAACUCGAUGACGAUGCCAAGAAAAGCCUAAAAAAGAAAAUCAAGAAAGAGUUCAACGAAAAUAAAGCACCUGCAAAAGAUCUGAUUUAUGACACAAAGGCCGAACAUUACACCAAGGAAAUCAAAGAAAUCAAAGAGGUCAUAGAGAUCAAAGAAGAAAAGCCAGUCCAGAAAGGCCUGUUUAGCUUUUUAAAUCUUCGGUGUCUCAGUAGCCACUGA